AUUUCAGUUCACAUGCGCGGUUGACAUCAGAGCGACUUAUUUCUUCGAGGAGGUAUUUCUCGCAGCACCGCCAUGUGUUGCUCGGAUGGCGGGGAGAAAAAGUUUUGCGGUGACUGGUGACGGGCGGCGUGCUGACGGCCACGCCAUGACCUCAACGGCCGGAAGUGGUAGGGAAAACAAUGUUGUUGAGGAAAUUCCCAAGGCAGGUCCCAGUGGAUACAGCGAGCCCACAGCCACACCUAAGGAUGGGCCUGACCCUCCUGGGGGCUGCUUGGCAGGAACCAAGAGGCUGCUCAGCACUGUGGAUCCUGAUUAUGACCAUCAACCAGACACUAAGAGGAUGAGGGAGAUGCAGCAGCGAGCUCAGGAUGAGCUGAGUCAACGUGUCAUCAAGGUGGUUGACAGAGAGCUGCUUAGUGCCAUUGUGGAGAAGGAGGCUGAGAUAGAGGAGAUUGACACUCGGAUACUGAAGCUGCAGCAGUGCCUUCACACCCUCCGCUACUGUGUCUCCCUCAGCUGCUAUAAUGUCAACAAGGGAGAGACACAGAAAGGUGAGGGCAAAGGUAGCAGACUGCCAGGCCUACACCCAGCAAUACAAAGACUCUUGGGUACAGCACCAACUGCACCUCUACCAACUGCAGAGGCCCUCUCAACAGACCCUCUCACCUCUGAGCACAAGACCCUAAGUCCUGCCACAGAUCAGGAGGGAGAGAAGAGGCUAUCUUACCAAACCCAGAGUGCCAGCACUGCUGACAACAAAGCCACUGCAGGUCAUCACUCCUUAAAAUCAACUACUCUGCCACCACCAGCAUCUCAAGCUAGUGAUAAGGUCUCAAAAAAAUCACAAAUGGAUCAGGAUAAAGUUUCUCAAAAUCCUCGGCUACCCAGCCCUAAGCACCUCCCCCCGCGGCCCCCAGACAAUCCAGCAACAAUACCCCAGGGCCGUCAGCGGCGAUCCCAGAGUAAAAGAAGGCUGAUCGUCGGCAACACUUACCAGUUCCUCACUCCUCUUCCGGGGGAGGAGGCCGAGGACACCUUCAGGUACAAGUGGCAGGUGUAUGUGAGGGCGCCGCCGGGGGACCCUGAUGCAGCCACCUUCCUGCAGUCCGUUACCUUUGUCCUGGACGAGAGUUAUUCCCCCCACCAUGUCAUCACCCUCAAGCAGCCUCCCUUCGUGCUGAGUCGGCGUGGCUGGGGGGAGUUCAAGAUCAAGCUGAUGCUCAAGUUUAUCGACCCGCGCAACAAGUCAGUCCGUCUUCUUCACCCUCUGGUUCUGUCCCGGCCUGAUGACGCCCUAGCUCUCACUGGCCUUUGGAGACUGGGUCAGGAGAACUGGUAUGACCUGUGGGUGUACAUGCCCAACCCAGAAGCCAACUCAGGUGCAGAUGAAGAUGCUCAAGGCAAGGAAGAGGAUGAAGAGAAGUCCUGCCCAGCCUCAUUAACUCAUGAGCUGCUUACAGGUGUGAUCAUCUCUAAGGUAGAAGAGAACACAACCAUUGACCAUGACCCAACAAAAGACUGUAGUGCUGGUGGUAGUAGUAGUCUGGCAGCCCCAGAGAACACUAGUAAAGACCAGUACAUUGAAGAAAGAGAUGAAAUGACAAGGAUUAAGGUUGACUAUGUGAGUUCCUCUGGAAAAAGUACAUUGGGUGGAGGUACAAGAACAAAUAUAGAGUGCAUGGGUUUAUUAGCAGCAAAAAGUGGAACAGACGUGUCAGCAAAAGAUGUGAGUACGACCUCCAAGAGAAGCACAACAGUUGGAGCUACGAGAACUAAUAUUAAGCGUUGGAAUUUGUUGAGAAAAAAAGACAAAGUGAAUAUGACAGCAAAAGAUGUGAGUACCUCUGAGGAAAGCAUAGAGAGUGGAGAAAGUGGUACUGAAAGAGUGAAAAAUACCGAGAAAGGAGAUGGAGUAGUAAGGGAAUCAAGUCCUGCCAACGGUAAAGUGUGUAGAGUGCAUGUACGACAAGCCGACGGGAGCCUCAAACCUUACCUCAUCCCCUCACACCUUUACCCCUUGGCCCUGCAGGCAGCUCGUAAUUACACCAAGCAGAACAAGGCCAAAACAGUUGCCACAACUAACAGCAAUCACAUGCAGGAAGCAAAAAAAGCUGAGACAAGUGUGAGUCAAGGAUCGAGUGCCAUUAGGAAGGGCAACAUCCAACUCCUCAAAGAUCCUGGCAAACCUGUAACACUGAAGUUAAUACCCCAACACAGUGUCUCAAAUCAUUCUGGUAUUCUAGUGUCUGAAGGAGCUUACUCAGUGCUUAAAGGAACCAACAGUCCCAUAGAGGCCAAAGUCACUCAGCACAACCUGUUGGAAAGUCAGACAAUAACCACAUCCAGCAGUGAUCCUCAAAACCUGCUGGGAGUAUAUAAACAGACACUUGUUCAAGGACAGAAGCAGGUUGUCUCAAACACACUCAAGCAGGCCAAAGCAUCAGAGAACCAUCAUCUUUCACAAGAAAGGCUCAGCUCACAAAUUCCCUCCCUUACUGUGAGUAAUGCUAAGAAUGUAAGUGAGACCUCAGUCUCUGCACACACCAAAGUCAUUGGACUGAGUCAGCUACAAGCUGGUAAUGUUAGGUUUGUGACAAGUAAUGGGCAACUGUUAACGCCAGAAAAACUGAAAAGCUUAGGGUUGCAGGUGCUCACAAAUGCAGGACAUAGCAGGAUUGUAACAAGUUUGGGAGCACACAGAACCACCACCACUACCACUGCUUCUUCAGGCAUGAGCACCACCACUGCAGCAACCACCACAGGUUCCACAGGUCCUCUGCUGAUUCAAGGUGGGCGGGUGGUGGGCGGUGCCAAUAUAUUGCAGUUAGUGACGAGUAAAGGCAAGAGGGCCGUGAAACAACUCUCACCACUCAAGCUGCAGGGUGAGAAAGUGCCCAAAAUUGUACCUUUGCAGCAAUUUAUGAUGUGUAGCACCAGUAUCAGUGGAGGUAACCAUGCAGUAUUAGGGACUCCAGGUAAAUUAGUUGUUGCUCCACAAAGGACAAUUAAGGAUGAUGGGGAAAGUGAAGGAAUAAUCUUGAAAGGAAGUGUAUCACAAAAUCUCAUGGAGCUUAUUGGUGGUGUAUCCUUGAAGUCUGGUGGCAGCGGCAGCGACAGCAGUAGCGGUUUGAAUGUGAAGAAGCUUUUGUUUGGCCCCAAGAAAAGAGAACAGCAGCAGCAGCAGGAAGAGCAGGAAAAAGAAUAUUCAACUUACUGGGAAGACUAUUUGGGUCGCAUGUGUGAGGCAUGCAGAACCAGCCUCUCCACAUCCUCCUGUGUGUCAGCGUGGCUCAGGGUGUUGCCAGUGGUGCAGCCAAGCCAUACUCCAUCCCCACCUUUCUCAUUCUGUCGUGCCACCUCCCACAAGCACUUCCUGAGCUGGCCCCUCGCCAAACAGAGGGCCUGUGAGUUUCAGAGAGCAAGAGAGGUCAGGUGGUGGCUACAAGAGUGCCGUGUUAAGGGCUGGGAGGGUUGGACAAUCCCAAGGCUUGUGGCAUGGGGAAGAGGCCAUGCCCACACCCCUAUAGCACGCAGGCCAGUCAUUCACACAGAUAAGGUAAAGCUGCCACCAUCAACUCCAACAUCUGGAAAAUCUCUCUCUUACAUUGGGGACCUUCAGAAGCUGGAAGAGGAGGAGCAUCAAAGUGACAAUGACACCUGUCCUUCUGACACACUAGAAGUUGAUGUUGUUGGUCUAGAUGAGGAGGAAGAUACUCUCAGAGGCUCCAAAAGAAAACCAGGCUCUCCAUUGAAGCAGAGGCUGGAGUACCUUCCCUUUGAGGAGGAGGAGGUGACCAGUGGCUGUGAGUGGGUGGGGCAGCUUGGCUCCCAGCUUCGUAUUUCCAUACAGCCUGAGGAUGUAGGCGAGAGGUGUGCGACUGAUGCUGCCCGCGCCACUCUCUGGAAGGCUGCAUUAAAUCUGAUGGAGGACCUGCUGAGGGCUUCCCACUUCCAGGCUUGGCAGGAAUCUUCGGUCAUGCCCCCACCAACCAUCACUCCUACACAUGUCUUGUCGGCACUCACCCACUCACGACCUGAAUUUGACCUCUUGACUGACCUCGGCCUAGGCACUCCCAACCAGGCUCUGUGAGGCAACCAUAGUGUGAGGAGGUGUUGGCAUGCCUUGAAGGUAGGUAGGUAUGUGCGCAGUACAGUGGGUUAGGUGGGGCUAUGGUUCUGAAUGGUCCUUAUCCCCAAAAUCUACUUCAUAGUCAGCCUAAAGCCAAGCAUUCAUAUGUCCAUGAUCAGUAAUAUUUGUCCAUAUCUGUGUCAGCAUCCAUGUCUAUGGCAUUGUCUUUACUUUGCAUCAAGUAUGCUUUUAUUUUAUUUUAUUUUUAAUUUAUUGAAUUUUUGAAACGGCAAAUCAGAGGGGAAGAGAAGUGUUGCAAUUGCUAGCAUAGCCAUAGCUAUGUUAAGAUCAAUUGGUACUUCCCAUAUUUUCAGAUUUUUACAUAUAUCAUAGACUUUGGCAGAGGCAGACACAUCACAGAGAAAUGGAUGCCCAGUCUUAGGGAGUUGCAGGAUAAAGUAGAGGAUUGAUUGUAUGUUUUCCUCCUUUCUCCCUGUCCCUCAAUCCCACCACCAUCAAUACACCAUAGUUGCUUCUGUUGCUAUCAAGUAAUUGGUUGUACAUCUGUCAGUGUGUUUGCAUGUUAUUGGCUGGAAAUAUAGAUUGAGUUUUUAGUUAAAUAAUUUAUGUUGUUAUAAAUGACGGCCAGAUUUUUUUUAUUAAACACUGCAGGUAUUAUUUCAAGUAAUAAUCAACUUUUUUAUAUAUUGUUAUUAUUAUUUUCAUUAUUAUUAUUAUAUUCAUAAAAGUUUGCAAAAAUCUUAAUUAUAAUGUAAUGUGGAUGUUAAUUCUAAUAAUUAUUAGCCCCUUAUUAGAUGAUUUAUGUAAAUUAUGUAUUGUUAUAUAAGUAGUGUUCUCAGCAACAGUACUAUAAUUUGUAGCAGAAAGACUAGUCGCAACAGCUGCAGCAGAUUAUAAGUAAUUACCAAUACAUUCACAUAAAUAAGGACAAAAGGAGUCUGUUGGAGGUCAAUCCCCCAACACAUGGCAGCUCUUAUAAACUGAAUACCAUUUAUCAUAUCUAUUUAUGAACUUAUCUUUUUUAAGUAUCCAUCAUAUUAGCAGUCAUGCAGUGAGGACCACAUGACUGCCAAUAAAAGCUGCUCCACUUGUAAAAUGCGCCAAUAGCAAAUCAGCCAUUUGAAAGUCUCCCAUUGGCAAACACCCUGUACCAACACAGUCUCACGAAUACCAAUAUCUAGUAUCUAGAUACAAAUUUAGAAGAGUAAUCAUGAAAAGUGUUUCUGUACCUAUUUAUUCUCCCAAGGCUAUACUUAAUUCUUGGGCUGCCAGGAUAACCUACUGUGAUAUUUUUGUAUUAUUUAAAUAAAAUUUUUAAGAAUAACAAAUUUUCAGGGAUA